AGACGCUGGGUGUUAUGGUCUUUGGAGGUUUUAUGGUGAUAUCAGCCAUCGGGAUCUUCCUGGUGUCCACCUUCUCCAUGAAGGAGACAUCUUACGAAGAAGCCUUGGCCAAGCAACGCAGAGAGCUUGAGAAGACCCAGCAGCAGAAAAUAGAGAAAAAAAAGAAAGAGAAACCUGUCGAGAAAAAAGGAAAAGCAAAGAAAAAGGAAGAGAAGCCUAAUGGAAAGAUCCCAGAGCAGCAGCUGACUCAGGAAGCGACGGACUCCCCCAAGGAUGCGGUUCCUGAGCCUGCUGCGGUGCCUGAGCCUGUAACGGUUGAGUCUCCUGUCACAGUGGCAUCAGUCACCCCCCAGGAAAAGGAGAAACCUGCUCUGUCACCAAAGGAGAAGAGGAAGAAGGAGAAGAAGGAGGCAAAGGCAGAGCCUGCUCCCAGCCCAGUGUUGGCUUCUCCUCCUGCCAGUGUCCCCAAAAGCUCUCCCAUCUUGGAGGUGACCCCCAAGGAGGUGCCUGUGGUGGCCGUGCCACCGGUUGGCACGCAGCAAAGUGCUCCGGUCAUCAGCUCUGUUGCCAUCAAGAAAGCCGAUGCUCUCCCAACUCAUGAGGAGCAGAAGCACGAUGGACCCAUCAAGAAGAAGGCUGCAUCCAAGAAGAAGAGCGAGCCAGUGCCUGCGGACUCGGAUGGGCUCCUCUACCUGCCCUACAAGACACUCCAGUCCACCCUCAGCAGCAUGGUGUUCAGCGAGGGGGAGGCCCAGCAGCUCAUCGAGAUCUUGACGGAGAAAGCGGGCAUCGUCCAGGACCCUUGGCACACGGCCACGCAGAAGGGUGACCCGGUCACUGUCCUGAGACGCCAGCUGGAAGAGAAGGAGAAGCAGCUCACCGCCGAGCAGGAGGACGCAGCCGCUGCCAGGAACAAGCUGCGGGAGCUGAGCAAG